CUUCCAAGCUCCUUGGUCUGACAAAACUGAAAAUACACACACAGUAUUGCCGCAUUAUUGUAAGAUGCGAAAAUGCCGCCCCCCUAAAUGUGUUGUUUCUGUUUGGGGCGCGGCCUGAGAAAGAGAGGGAGAGAGGAAAUCCCUAUUUGGGAAAUCCCCUAGUGGCUGUCCGAUCCGACCCAUCCCUUUGUACGAUCAAUGAAUCCGCACCAGCGCAGCGGCCCUGGCUCCGGCGGUGAGCCAGCCAGCGCGCGAUAGUCCGACCGGCCGCAUACCGUUUCGAAAUGUAAGGUCGGUCGGAAUGACUGUUAUUACUUUGAAGACACGGGUGAUCAUCAAAGCCUUAUUUUCACUGUUCACUGUCUACCUGAUAUACAGAAUAAUCUACGAAUUCUGCAUUUGGGGACGUUUUGGCAGUGACUUUCUUUCAAAUAUUGUGAUUUCCUCCCAUGAAAUCAAAAAGGAUCGGUUCGAAUUCUUGAGCAACAGCAAAGGCGCAGACUGGCCACAACACGUGAAAUCUAUUUAUGACGGGAAUUCCCCUGCUAUCAAUCCUCACCCAUACAAGUUCAUCAUCAACGAACCAAACAAGUGUCGGAAUGAAGACGAUGGUAUUAAGGAGGUGUUCCUGCUCGUGCUCGUCACAUCCAUCCACAAGAAUGCUGCGCUCCGUAGAACAGAUAGAGAGACGUGGGCCAGUCAGAGUGAGAUCGAAGGGAAAGGCAUCAUCACCUUGUUUCUUCUUGCCAACCCUUCCAAAGGCGGAACACACAACCAAGUCUCCGUGGAAAAGGAGAGUGCACUCCACCACGACAUCGUCAUGGGGGAUUUCCAAGACUCGUACAAGAACCUUACGUUGAAGACCAUCAUGGGUAUGAAGUGGGUCUCGCAGUUCUGCCCGCACGCGAGGUACGUGCUGAAAACGGACGAUGACAUGAUCGUCAUGUAUGAAAAUCUGGUGAGGUACCUCUCUUCUCCUGCGGUCCCACCCAAAAACUUUGUGAGCUGCAUCGUCGUACGUGCCGAACCUGUAAGAAAUAAAAUAAGCAAGUGGUAUGUUCCGGAAAACAUAUAUCCACAAGCAUGGUAUCCUCCCUUCUGCUCUGGGUCAGGUUACGUCAUGUCGGGUGAUGUCGCGAGUAAUGUGUAUGAAGUAUCUACUCAUACUCCAUAUUUGUAUCUAGAGGAUGUGUUCAUGGGAUUCUGCUUAUUCCAGCUCGGAGUAUAUCCAAUGGCCAGCUCACAGUUUCACAACAAUCGAGUUGACUACUCUACCUGCGUGUACAAAAGACUCUUUACGACCCACUACAGUAAGGCUACGAUAGCGGUUAGAGAAAAUCUGUGGAGGCAAGUGAUGAAAGAUAAACAAUCUCCCUGUUACCUCUAUUUCCUAUAGUUUAUAGUACCCACUGUUCAAGUAUUUUAGAACUAUUUUUACAAACAAAUAUUUGAAUGGGAAUUUUUAUGAAACACUUAGUCUCUCUAACAUAACUCAAGAAUUCAUAGCUUUUUUUGUCAAAGCGUCUUGAUGUAGUGAUUCAGAAUCUCACCCUGUAAUCAGACGGUUGUGUGUUCGAAUCUCAUUUUGGCCUAGCGUCCUUUGGCAAGGCGUCAAUGCACACUUUUCCACUCUCCACCCAAGUGGUAGCG